UUACCUUUUACAGGUAAAAAUUUGUUUACGAAGGCUGAUGAACUAAGCGCAACACACUGGUUCUGUAGGAACUUAACCCAUUGGAACAUUGGAAUAAUUUAUCCGUACAACGUACUCUUGUGAACUACUUCACGUUUCUGGGAAAAUAUUUGGAUUAAUGGUUUUUACAACGGUGAUCGCAAUUAACUUGUGUGUCACAUACUUGAUGAUCAAUUCUUUUAUUUUGAAUUUUUUUGGACGAUUCGUACUGAAUGAAAGUUUGGAUUUAAACUUGUGCGGUGUAUGAAUGUGCACGAGUUGAGCUGGGACGUUUUAACCUAAUUACUGUAGCAGAUUUAAUUUGAACGGCCCACGACUUAGUGUAAUUUGAUAGGCAAGCGUCUAACUGGGCCACAGAGUGAGAGAGGGACUCGUGGAUAGAGUCGGUCGGUAUCUUCUAUCUUAGAGCAGUGUAACCUGCUAAACAUUGGCCACACCGUGAAAAAGUUUUUACGUUUUUCAAUGAAGCAGCGUUCGUUCAAACAACUAUUCAUAUGUGGAGUGUUUUAAGAAUUGAAUUAAAUGUUGCAAGCGUGGAUUACUCGUUCCCAUGAAGACGUUUUGUGUUCAUUAUUUGUGGAUAUUUAUAAACUAUGCCGAUGAAAGUAACGGUGUGUUUUGACAAUGUGCGUGUAAUUGUUCCGUGUGGAGAUGGAGAAAUUUUAGUUCGUGAGCUCAUCAACAAGGCUAUUAUACGGUAUAAGAAAGCCACGGGAAAGUCUAGUAAUCAUUGGGUCCAUGUGAAUAAUGUAAAGACUAUAAGUGGUGGAGGUAUAUUGGAUCCUGAUGAUCAGCUCAGUGAUGUUGUUGAUGAUCGGGAACAGCUGAUUGCAAUAUUUGAGGAGCAGGGUCGAAUACCAGGACAUCAUAAUGGUGGAGAUGGUGCCAGUGCUAGUUCUACGGGUACAGCUAGCCCUGAUAUUUUUCAGUCCGGGGAGAGCACUCAGUCCGGUUCCGUCACCAACUCACAAUCUUCUCAGUCCAAUGGUAAAACUGAUGUAGUUGUUACUCCAAGAGAUUUAAUUCUAGGAUCAUCGCUAACGGUGCGGAGGGGAAGCGAACCAGCUUUAAAUACUAUCGGUAAAAUACCAGUUCCAAAUGGAAUCUCGAAACUCACCGUAAAAUCACAAGAAGAAUCACGGGAAAGCGAUGAGCCUCAUUCAGAAUACGAAUCAGAAGAAGAAAAACAUUCACAAUCCAAUCCAAACACCCUGGAGAGGAAGAAAAAUAAAUUUAAUAGAUUUAGUCGUGAUUCUGGACGUCAAUCACUCAGCAAUCAACCUGAUAUGUUUCGUUGGUUGGAAGCUCAGGAACGACAGGGAGAAAAAUAUGCCAAUGAACGUAAAGGUCCUGUGGGCAGUAGUGGAGCAGAAGAACAAAACCAUGAAAUAAACAUUAACAGUAACGAUGAUGAUGAUGAUGAUGAUGAUGAUGUUAUAGUUUUAAUUAACGAUGGUGGUCCAUUAGGUAUUCAUGUUAUUCCUGAUUACGAUGAGGGUGGAAGGGAUAUGGGGUUGAUGAUACAAGGUAUUGAGAAGGGUGGUAAGGUCUUUCGUGAUGGAAGAUUAAAAGAAGAAGAUAAAAUUAUAGAAAUAAACGGUCAGAGUUUAUUACAGGAAACGUUCAAACGAGCUCAAGAAAUAUUUCGUUUAGCCAUGAAAAAUAAGGAACUUCGUCUAAAGGUGAAGAAAACGAAUCCCGCGUUACCGACACAACCCCCUCCUCUUCUACCCAAACCCAAAGGUCAUUCACCUAUUAAGCCUUCACCUUUAACCUUGACCUCUAAGGUCUCGACCUCUAAUAUAACCAAGGAACAGGAUGUUGGUGAUGUAACUGUGAAAGACAAUAAUAAAAAUAUAAAACCAACUACACUGCCAUUGAAUCCUGAUUCCAUGCCAAUUCUAAAACCAACAUCACCUACCAAACGAACACCUCCUGCAGUGCCAGUCAGACAUCCGUCAACAUCACUGACCAAUGAAAACAAAGAAAACAAGGAACCAGCAUUCAUCGCACCGACUAACACACGUAAAAUCGGUAAAAAGAUCAACAUAGAAUUGAAGAAAGGUGAACUAGGAUUAGGGUUCAGCGUAACGUCCAGAGAUAAUAUGACUGGAGGAGAAAUACCAAUAUACAUUAAAAAUAUUCUACCCCAGGGUGCUGCAAUAACAGACGGUCGAUUAAAACCAGGUGAUAGGCUGUUACAGGUGAACAAUGAAGAAAUGACGGGUAAAUCUCAAUCAGAAGCUGUUGCAUUUUUACGUAAAAUCCCUAAAAAUAUGAUAGUCAAGUUAAUUGUAUCUCGACAAGAGACUGUAGAUACACCAGAAGACGAGCAACCUAAUGCUGCAACAGAAGUGUCUCCUGAUGAUAAAGUCAGUGUUCUGCAGGCCGUGAAGAAAAUAGAAGAUGAAGGCGUUGUUUCGAACCUACAGAAUAAAGAAGUUUUGUUACUGGACAUUCCACUGUGUGAUUCCGGGUCUACAGGGCUCGGGGUCAGUGUGAAAGGGAAAUCUAUCUCACUUCCACAAGGGUCCAAAGAUCUGGGUAUAUUCAUCAAAUCUGUGAUGCCAGGUGGUGCCGCUCAUAAGGAUGGACGACUGGCUAUCAAUGACCAACUUCUGGAAAUAAAUGGUGAAAAAUUAGUAGGCUUAACGAACAUGAAAGCUAUGGAGAAGCUACGUAAUGCCAUGCUGCAAGAUGGACCCAUUCCAGGACACACGUUUUUAACGGUGGCGCGUAAAAUCGGUGCUCCUUCUCCUUUUACUCUAAGUGAAACGUCGGAUGUUACGGACACGGCUGAAUAUGUGAUGCAAGGCAGUCCAGUGACUAAGGGAGAUUACUCCCAAUUACCGAAUGAUCGGACUAUAAAACCCAAUAAUCCCCUGCUGAAUAGACUGAUGGCUAAUGGAGCGCCAGGAUUACGCAAUGAAUCGUAUACACGAGCUACUCAGGAUAGUUUUUAUAACGACAGUAAUAAUUCCAUGGAUAAUAUUAUGCCGCCGUCUUCACCUUUCGGUAAAGUAAAGGCGUUUAAAUCUCCAACACUGAACCCGACCAAUCGUGAGGAAGUUAUCAUAGAAAAUGACGCUUAUUCACUACCAAGGAAAAAUCAAGUGCGUCCCCGUCCUCAUUCCACGAUAGGAAUGCCGAUAAAAUCGGGACAUAACGAUUCUAUGUCUAGUACAGAAGAACUUCACCAAUCAAUGUCUGGAUCAAAACAUCGUCAGUCAAAUUCUCUUGAUGCUGGAAAUCAACAUGAUUCAGAUCUAAGUCCAGAAGGUGAUCCAGCAGGGUUUAGUCGUGAAGGUUUCGGACGACAGAGUAUGUCGGAGAAACGUAAAGGACAUAAUGAUCCUAGAAAUACAGAACAAUUCUGGCGAGUUCGAUCUGGACGGGAACAAAGAACUGCAGCUGGACGAGAAGACUGGAAUAAACCAAAAUGUAAAUUAUUACGUCACGGCGGAUCUGCCGACUCCAUCUUAGAUUUAUAUAUAGAUUAUGAGGUGUAUGAUAGAAAUAAUUUUUAUCGCUGGAGUGAUGAUAAUAGACACGCUCGAUCAAUCAGUAACACAUCUAAUAUACCAGGUAACCUUCCCACGUCAAAUCUUAAACGUUCGACGUCAUUAGAGGAUCUCUCACAACCUGACCCCAUUAUGGAUGACCAGGGGUCGGGGUCAGGAGCAGGGUCGAUGGUAGGUCAUAUGAUCAACCGUCCCCGGGCUUGUAACGAGAGUUUCCGAGCGGCGGUCGACAGAUCUUAUGACAGUCAAUUUAAUCAACAGAAUCCAUCCAUGGAUACAUUGGACGAGGAGAGUUUUGAAAGUGACGCGUUUAGUCAUGGUCACUCGGGCAACUCUGCGAGAUCGUCAUUAAGUAGCGAGAACACUACAGACGAACAUGGGUUAAGAUUGAAGAAGAAAAAUGUGAAGGAUAAAAAACCAGGUGGAAUAUUUAAAGGUUUUCUCAGAUUGGGGAAAGGAAGAAAAUCAAAUGAAGAAGCACGGUUAAGGUCAAGGUCAGCAGAACGACCAUUAACUGAAGAAGUUGACCUUCAUCAAUUUCAAAGAGAACAAGCUUGGCAGAUAGCUCAAAAUGAAAAACAAAGACAACAAGAGCUGAGGCGUCAACAACAACAAAUAUUGAUAGACAAUCAUCGGACGAGACAACAACAGGAUCUCCAGGGCAACAAGUCAGAUACCUAUGGUAACAAGUCAGAUACCUAUGGUAACAAGCAAGAUCCCUAUAGCAACAAACAAGACCCUAAUAGCAACAAACAGAAUCCCUAUAGUAACAAGCAAGAUCCCUAUAGCAACAAACAGAAUCCCUAUAGUAAUAAGCAAGAUCCAUAUAGCAACAAAGAUCCCUAUGGUCAUAAACAAGAACCAUAUAGCAACAGACAAGAUCCCUAUGGAAACAAACAGGAUAUCCAUGGAAACAAAUCUGAUCCCUAUGGUAACAGACAGAAUCCCUUCAACAAUGGGCAGGACAUAUAUGGCAAUAAAAAUGAGGGAAUCUAUGGAACUAAGCAAAGUAUAUAUGGUGUCAAACAAAAUAUGAACAGUGGUAAUACCCAGGACUUGUAUGGUGCUAGGCAACCAGACUUGUAUGGUGCUAAGCAACCGGACUUGUAUGAUGCUAGGCAAACUGACUUAUAUGGUGGUGGUAAACGGGAUAUAUAUGGUUCAAACUCUGUUAAUUCACAAACACAGUUUAACUCUUUACCACGCCCAGCUACAAAAACAGAAAAAAUUCAGCAAUUACGUGCCGAACAUCGGCGGCGACAUCAAGAAAGACAUGGACAUUAUCCCAUGGAGGAGGCGGAGGAAUAUUACGAGAGAAAACUUCUAGAAGAGGAACACAGGAGAUAUAACAGAGAUAGAUCGGGAAGUGAUAGUAAGGGGAUUUAUGCCCGACCUGUUAGUCGAGGUCAACCUAUUGAACGACCCAGCAAUAAUCCUGUUAUGACCAGUGUUACUAAUUAUAGCCCUCACCCUAGUUUGAGUGAUGAAAGUGAAUAUUCUCAUUCCAGUAUUACCAAUAGAGGGCAGCAACAACAGCACAAUCCUUCCCAACAUCCCUCCCAUCAACGAACAGGUUACAUGGAACAAUACUACUGUCAACCGGCCCACGAGUCCGGGGGAAAACGUAUUCAGUAUCGUAGUGAUUCACCAAGUCAAAUGAAACAUACAUAUUAUAACGAACCAUCUCGUUCAUAUCGCGACCCUAAUUACCAAAUAUAUAACGGACGAAGAAUGCCGGACCCAGGAUCGGCCAAAGUUUGAAAUGAACACCUGAUGUCUGAUAAGUCUUAUGUGUUCAAUCAAUAAUAACGUCACACACACGGUUUCUGGACACGAUUUUAUAACAAACUGCAGACUGUGUUAAAAUCUAUUUCAAAUAGAAUUAAAUCUAUUCACGCUUCCAGGUUAGAAUGCCAAAUGUUUCGUACUAUGAUAUCGUGGAUAAUGUUCAAUGUUUCUCACCAGACACAUUCACUCAGUCUGUGAUACCUUCAUCAUUUACAUGCAUCUGUCACGUCUGUACAGGUUGUGAUACGUCUGUCACGUCUGUACAGGUUGUGAUAUGUCUGUCACGUCUUUAUAUUCCGAUAUCAUUAUAAAUGUUCAGAUCUUUAUAUUCCGAUAUCAUUAUAAAUGUUCAGAUCUUUAUAUUCCGAUAUCAUUAUAAAUGUUCAGAUCUUUAUAUUCCGAUAUCAUUAUAAAUGUUCAGAUCUUUAUAUUCCGAUAUCAUUAUAAAUGUAAUUCUUUAUAAUGUGUAGAAUUUGUGUGGUGACUGAUGAAGAAGCAGAAAAGUUUUUAAGGGAAGCAUAAAUCUGUUUCCUCAAGAAGUGUGUAUCCUACUCCCUGUUGUGGACAUAAACUUUACACAUAGGGUGACCACCCAUCUCGCGAAAUUCUUCCAAGUCCUGCAUCCCGAAAACCAGCCAAAAUGUAUGAUUGUUGACAUGAAAGAUUUCUAUACCGUAAUAUGUGUGAUCUAGUCUAGAGUAAGUCUAUUUGGAGUUGAGUAUUACAUUACUGUUUUCAAAGAUUCGGACAAGUAUUUUAAGGCCUAAACUUAAUAUUUCUGUUUGUCAAACAUUCUGCACAUGCAACCCUAUUUACAGAGGAAGUUAUGUAGUAAAAUAUGGACUUGCUUUCAUUCUAAAAAUAUUUCAUAUCCCACAUCAAGUUGUGAAUUUUGUAAUGAUGAAGUUUUAAACAUUUUGUGGGUAUUGCUUUGCUGUUGAUCUAAAAUGUAGAACACAUAAUUAAAAUAUAAAUUCUAUGUAUUACAUGGAGGGUACAAGCAGGAACUUGUGCUUCAGUUGUAGUUUAGACAUCUUACUCAACAUUGCAUAGCAGAAUCACUAAUUUCAGAUAAAGAAAACUGACACAGUUAUAUGGGACAACAAUUACUGGUUUAUUAUACACAAGCACAACGUUUCGAUAAGUAUUCUCUUAUCGUUAUCUCUUAUCGUUUCAAAACAAUAAUGAAAGUAUUUUGUUGUAGGUUGAUUGUUUGUAAUAGUUAGGACUAAUCCAGACAGUUUAUUUAAAAGUAAAUCAUAUCAUGUUCUUGUUUGCUCAAUUUACAUUACUACUUAGCUUGACGUUGAUGUGUAUGUUGAUGUGUAUGUUGAUGUGUAUGUUGAUGUUGAUGUGUAUGUUGAUGUUGAUGUGUAUGUUGAUGUGUAUGUUGAUGU